GAGUUUGGAGAGUUGAAAAUUGCGAAGGAGGCCAAGCAAUUUUCGUCGUCGUAGCGUUUUUGACAUCGAAUAUUUGUCGACGCCGCUGAAAUUCAACGCUAAAACUCAGAACCGCAGAAAUAUUGUGAAAACUGCGACGAGAUUGUUGCUUGUCUCACAGGUUUUGUAGUUUCGUAGAGCACCUUCGGGCAACUAGAAAUUUCACUCAGCACGACGCGACUAGUGACACUCGGUGGUCUGCUUGCACCAAGGAAAACGCAACAGUACUAAAGAUGGGAAAUGAAACGUCGCUGCCAAUGGAGCUUUGCUCAAACUUUGAUGCCGAUGAGAUUCGCCGGCUCGGAAAGCGGUUUAAGAAGCUCGAUCUGGACAACUCGGGAGCCCUCAGCAUCGACGAGUUCAUGUCCUUGCCGGAGCUGCAACAAAACCCACUUGUGCAGCGUGUAAUCGAUAUCUUCGACGCAGACGGUAACGGCGAGGUCGACUUUAAGGAGUUCAUUCAAGGCGUAUCACAGUUCAGCGUUAAGGGUGAUAAGUUGUCGAAACUAAAGUUUGCCUUCCGAAUAUACGAUAUGGACAACGAUGGUUUCAUCUCGAAUGGGGAACUAUUUCAGGUACUGAAAAUGAUGGUGGGAAACAAUUUGAAGGACACGCAGUUGCAGCAGAUCGUGGAUAAGACGAUCGUGUUCGCGGACAAGGAUGAAGAUGGUCGAAUUUCGUUUGAAGAGUUCUGCUCAGUCGUCGGCAACACGGACAUACACAAAAAGAUGGUUGUCGAUGUUUAAGCGGGCGCCGUAGGUCCCGAUCGUUUUGCUGCCCUCUGUCCCUACCGGCGAACCACAUGCUACCAUUGACGGUUGUGUGUGUGUUUGUAUGAAAAGGACAAAACUACAAACUUAAAAGCUAGCUAUUCUACGUGCCCCCACUGGAGGGACGCCGUUUUGUAUGUCGACUAUGCGUGAAAGUGCGUCGUUUUCAUUGUUACUAUUACCUGUACCAGCGAUUCCGUGGUCGAUAACAGAGUAGGGAGAUAACUGUGCUGAGGAGUGCUGUUGGAUAUUUUCUACACCACUACCCUGCUUCCAUCAAUAUCACCUGCUGCGUGUGAUAGGACUAUCUCGCCCCA